GGACACAGACAGUGAACUAUCAUUACCAAAAUGAGUAUUAUGGACUUGUCGAAAGGUCAAGUUCUAGGAAGGAGAAGCCUCCGGAUCUGUUCACAUCUCCGAAACGGCCGAACUCCUUCCUCCAAGACAGAAAAACGGUCUCUGCUCCCCUUUGGUUGGGCACACAUCUCGAGCUAUCUUUUGAAGUUUGAACCUGGAUCUACAUCCCGGCUGUUCCUUGUUCCCGAGACAGCCUGCUCUUCUUCCUCCAUACAGUUCCAGCCCCUGGGAGUCUGAUGGCUGAUCAGUGGGGCGUUGUGUCCAAGGCAUUACUGGAUGCUCUUGUGUGGUUGUUGGAGACAGCCGUGCUCCCAGCACUUCCUGCUAAGGUUUGGCAGUCGACUCCAACUAAAUUCCAUGGUUCAACCGGUUUGGACUCCAGCCUAUCAACGCUACCGUUCAGCAAGAACUCUCGGCAGUUUCUGCCUGCUAUAUUUCCCAUUGGCCAAAUAUCAUAUCACGAAAGUCAUUCAGAUUGGACUGGUCUGGACCACAUUCACGAAGGAGACGAUUCCUUUAGAUGGUCGGACUAGUAUCUCAGAUCUUCCAUGGUCUCUCUCAUCAACUACUAGGCGUGGAUACCGCGGGCAUGGUAUGUCUCAACCUCGACGACGUAGACUUGUGUCUAUCCAAGUGGAUAUGUUUCAGAACGAUGUUGCGCAUAAACUUUCACUGGUCUGCUUCCUAUGAGCGAUUUACUAAUGACCAAAUAUAGUACAAUCCACCGGAGGACAGCACUGCUAGAAUGGCA